AUGUUUACACUAUGGUCAAGAUUUAAAAGACAUGUGAUUCGGCACCAUCAGUCUAAUAAUCAGAAUGAUUUAAUUAAUGACAAUGUCAAUUUAGAUGAGUUUACGAAUAGCACUGGCCCCUUGCCUGUAGAUAGUAAUAUUCCUAUAACAUCAACAACUCUCAUUAACCUUAAAGUGUCAGAUACUUCUCAAUCCAAUGAGUUUAAAUCCAGUGCAUGUACUGAUACUUAUGUGAAUGAUGAUACAAUAGAGACUCCACACAACAAAUUCAAUUUAGAUUACCAUUUAAAAACAAAUAUUAAUAAGGCGUUAACAUUUACUCUUUUUCUUCACAAUAAUAAUAAUUUUUCUAGAAAAGAUGUGCUAGAAGUUCAGGAACAACCUUAUUCUUUGUAUAACAAUUUUUCUAGUUUAGUGUCAAACCUACGUAAUCCUUUUAAACCAUUUGAUUCUGAUUAUAAACUCUAUAGUUUCUUAAAAAAUGAAGGCUAUGCAACAAAUUUUAAAGAGGUGACAAUUAAUGAUCAAUUAAUGCCAGCCCAUCGAUCCGGAGAACUACAAAACAGACAAAUAACAACCAAAGAUGAUUUUGAAAUAAACAAUCCUCUUGGGUCUAAUGCUUCAAAACAUUCCAUUUGCAACUUAUAUUACUCAUUCCCAUGUUUACCAAUGGAAGAAUCUAGAUUGGAAAAUAUUUUUUAUGCUGCUAUUACGAAGACAUCAGAUUUAAAACAAUUUGGCAACGAAAAAUGUUUUGAAUGUCUCAUAGAUGAGUUAAAAGAUUUAGAAAUAAAUGGAAUUGAUAUUAAUGAUGGCAAUAAUGUAACAAUCAUAAUACAUUUUAUCUUAGGUUUAGUCGUAGGUGACAAUUUAGGAUUAAACUGUUUUCUCAAUUUCAGUAAAUCUUUCUCUAGCAGUUAUUUUUGCAGACUUUGUAGAGCUCCAAAAGAAAUGACACAGAAAUUAAGCUGUGAAAAUUCAGAAUUAAUGCGCACAGAAGAAAACUACCAGUUAGAUGUUUUGGAUCCCAACUCUAAAGGAGUUGUUAACAAAUCCUUACUAAAUAAUAUUCCAUCCUUCCACGUAGUCAAAAACUACUAUGCUGAUAUUAUGCAUGACCUUUUUGAGGGAGUCUGUCAUUAUAAUACCAUUCAUAUUAUCAACUAUUUUAUUACUUCUAUGAAAUACUUUGAUUUGGAUACUUUGAACUCUCGAAAGGAAUUUUUCGAUUAUGGCCCAAAAGAAAUUGAGAAUAUUUCACCCAAAAUACAGCUUCACCAUCUUAAAAAAAAAAAAUUAAAAAUGUCUGCUAGGGAAAUGAUGACUUUCAUUAUGUAUUUUCCUGUUAUGAUUGGAGAUCUCGUUCCUUCAGAUGACGUAGUCUGGAAAUUUCUUAUCAACUUUGUUGAAAUCAUUGAUAUUUUACUUUGUUUAGAGAUUGAUGAGUGUAAUAUACUGAUUUUGGAAAAUAAAAUUAAAACACAUAAUUCUGACUAUAUCACUUUAUUUAAUGAUACAUUAAAACCAAAAUUUCACAAUUUGACUCAUUACCCAAAUAUUAUUAGACAAUCAGGACCUCUAAGGAAGAUUUGGUGUUUCAAUUUUGAGCAAAAACAUAAACAGUUUAAAGUUUACUCACAUUGUAUAACCUCACGAAAAAAUAUAUGUUUAACAUUGGCUAAAAAGUAUGAGUUAAAAUUUGCAUUUCAAUUGUUAAAAGGGACAAGUUUUUUUAAUGCUAUUACUUCAAAUGAUAAUCAUCUGGUAGAGAGUAAUUUCAAAAAUCUCAUUAAUAAUAAAUUACCAAACGUUCAUGACGUUUCCAUCCAAUUUUAUUCACGAAUUUAUUUUAAAGGAGUUGAAUACAGACAAGGUUGUUAUAUUUCAGUUUUUAAUAAAAAUAUUUUGUUAAACUUUAUACAUGAAAUUGUAGUAGUAGAACGGAAGCAUGUUUUAUUUUUUUGUCAACAAUUACAUAGUGUAAAAUUUGAUGACCAUAUACUUGCAUAUGAAGUAGAUCCUUUAAAUUUAGGUUCAUUUUCAAUGAUAGCUGCAGAUGAAAUAAUUGGACCACCUAUUCAUUUAAUUAGAACUGCAGAAGGCAAAAAAGUUAUACGCCUUAAAGAAUAUUAUCGUUGCAUUUAG